GUUCGUGGUCUUCUCCUCGUGCUGAACAACACCUGCUGGACAGGCGAACGGGCCAACCAGCGUCUUCUGGGCGUCUACGCCGCCUCUGGUUACCCCGCCGUCAACCGGCUUUCGGCCACCCUCCAGGUCGCCUGGUCGGCCGAGCUUCAUCAACUCGCUCGCCGCUAUUGUCGCCUGCGUGCCGACUCCAGCCUCCUCGGGCCACUGACCAGUCAGUUGUGCAGACUGGUCAUGCCGACGCCACCGACUGGGUCGUCAACGCUGGUACCAGACAGACAGAACGAUCUUAGCCCUCGUCAAAGAGACAAGUGUAUUCAAUUCCUCGACAAACGUUCUGGCGAAAACGGUUACACUAUCACUCCUCUUUCUGUUCUGGCCUAUCUAUACACUCUUUACCCUCUUAUCCAACUCCCAUCCUAUCACAACUUCUCACUUGCUUACCUUCCACUCGUCAAAAUGCGUGACCUUUUGUAG